AUGUCCUGCUACGAGCGGUGUCCUUCCACCUCCUGUGGCCCAACCCCGCUGGCAAAUAGCUGCAACGAGCCCUGCGUCAGGCAGUGCCAGGACUCAACAGUGGUGAUCCAGCCCUCUCCCGUGGUGGUGACCCUGCCCGGACCCAUCCUCAGCUCCUUCCCCCAGAACACCACUGUGGGAUCCUCAGCGUCUGCAGCUGUUGGGAGCGCUCUCGGUGCCGAGGGAGUGCCUAUCUCCUCGGGCAGCUCCUCAGGAUUUGGGAGCUUUGGCUAUCCAGGCCUGGGCAGUGGGUACAGCCGGCCCUACCGUCGCUACAACACCUACCGCAGUGGCUUCUAUGGGCCGUGCUAA